UCUCCGUGCCAGCUGCAUGAAUGCGGAGCGUUGAGUUUUGCUGCUGAAUGAGAGCAGAGAAAAACAGACAGAUGAAUGCAUGAGCGUUGUUGCCCACGAAGCGACGUGCUGCUCACAUGUGAGGGCAUCGCGGGGGCCAGUUGUGUGAGGCUGCAGAGGAAGAUGAAGGCUGACCUCUCUUUGGACUGGGGGCCAGAGGUUGAGACUUGUACACAAUCUGAGUUGAGGCAUCGCAGCAGGUGACAGUUGACUGACCCCCCGCGCCGUUCAUCCUUGUAUCGGAUUUGGACUUUCCCAAGGAGCUUUGAACGCCACAUUAUUCCGCUGUUUCUGAGUUGAGAGUGAGUGCAUCAGACACAACAAGCCUGCACAGACUGUAAUGAUAAGACCUGGUUGCCACCCUGAUUAAAACCCUGACUGAGCACGUGCCUCUGGCAGUUUGACGAGAACCAUGACGGCCAUCAACGCACCUCGGGACAAAUACAAUGCAGUGUGGAUCAUUUUCUUCAUCCUGGGCCUGGGAACCCUCUUACCGUGGAAUUUCUUCAUGACGGCAACGAUGUAUUUCACAAGCAGGCUGAAGGACCCACCCACUGACCUCUUCUCCAAUCAGACGACAAAUGAGACGUCCAGUGCGGGCGGGGACACUCGCACUGUGCUGGAGUCGAAGUUUAACAACGUAAUGACGCUCUGCGCCAUGGUACCUCUGCUCAUUUUCACCUGCCUCAACUCCUUCAUACACCAGAGGAUUCCUCAGAAGCUGCGGAUCUCUGGCAGCCUGGCAGUCAUCUUCGUGGUCUUCCUGUUGACGGCCGUGUUAGUGAAGGUGGACGUGGCCCCACUGCCCUUCUUCACCCUCACUAUGAUCAAAAUUAUCUGCAUCAACUCGUUCGGGGCGAUUCUUCAGGGCAGUCUGUUCGGGCUUGCAGGGAUUCUGCCUGCCUCCUACACCACACCCAUCAUGAGUGGACAGGGGCUGGCUGGAACCUUCGCUGCUUUCUCCAUGAUCUGCGCACUGGCCAGUGGAUCAGCCCUGCAGGACAGCGCUUUUGGUUACUUCAUCACAGCCUGCGUUGUCAUUCUGUUGGCCAUAUUGUCCUACCUCACUCUGCCUAGGAUGGAGUUUUUCCAGUACUAUAUGGAGAGUAAUAGAUCCAGACCCUCUGCUGAUGAGGAGAACAAGAUGGACUUGCUCAAAAAAGAGAGUCCAGCAGAAAAGCGGCCGGUGGUGAGUCUGGUGGAGGACGAGGCCAAACCCAGCGUGUCUGUGGUAAACAUCUUCAAACAGAUCUGGGUGAUGGCUCUGUCAGUGUGCUUCAUCUUCACCGUCACCAUCGGAACAUUCCCAGCCGUAACAGUCGAGGUCAGGUCCACAGUAGCGCAAGAAGGAGACGCCUGGGGAAGGUGCCACAGCAUGAGUCGGAGACCGCGGGGGCCAUCAUGGCCUUCUUCUUGUCCCUUGGCCUGGCGCUGGGUGCCGCAGUCUCAUUUGCUUUCCGGGCCAUGGUCUAAAAUCUCCAGUAGACCUUUCAGUAGAUGUAGAUUAGACCACUUCCAACACUCUCCCCGUCUUUACCCGUCUUUACCCGUUAGUGGGAGAACCUUUCAAUAACUGGACUAGCCACACUCCUCUACGACUGUCUCCAGCUGAGUGGAGAUAGAAGACUAGAGAACCUCGGUCUUCUGUAGUAUACAGUAGAGACUCGUCUCAUACAGCCAUUUUGGCGAAAAAUAUAAGCUAAAACAUGUUACUGAAUUUUUCUUUUCCUGUUUCUUGGUGAUAUUUUCCAACCGAUGCCAUUGAUCAAACAAGCAAAUCUAAACCAAAAGUCGUAGUGGACUUAGCAGGAAUUCUUCAAGGUGUGUUUUAAAUUUCCCUAAAUCUUGAGCCCAGGCAGUGUCAAUGACGACCUCUGUCACACAGAGUAUCCCAGAGCCUCGUUCACAAAAUGUUCUUUUGCACACACAAAAAAAAAGACAAUAAUGAUAAAAUGUUGGAAUGCGAUAAUGUUUUGAUCCUAUGUAAAAUGACUAUUUCUUUCACUUUCUUUAAACAUUCACAUUCUUUAGAAAUCAUAUAAAGUUUUAAGGGUGUGUAAAUAAAGUCUUAACACAUUUUCUUUUUAUAAACGAGGCUCUUGGAUUCUGGCGUUUGGCUCGUCUACAUUCAACCCAUCAGUUUAUGAACUGAUCCUCAACAUGACUGUUAAAAAAAAAAAAUGUUUGCACAUCAAACAUGAGCGUUACAUCACUCCGGACUGUUGCAGCUUUUAACUCUGAUCAAGCCAAAAACAUAAAGACAACAUGGGAAAAUGAUGAACUUUGAAGGGAGGUCAUGACCCAUCAAACGUGUGUGUGUGUGUGUGUGUGCAUGUGUGCGUGCGUGCGUGUGUGUGUAAACUUAUGCAUAGCAAGUUGUUUAAUUCUCAAAGAAUGUAAGGACGGUCUAAAUCCUGAAGACGAGGUUUUGAUCAAAUUUUGGGCGACUUACCAUCAUUGUGAUUAGAGAGCCGUGUUUUGUAUUUGUCGCUCGUGUAGUUUUUAGAUGAAGUCGUACCGGCGUGGGUCCGUUUGGUUUUCUCUGAAAAACAUUCUGAUACUUCAGAUUGUCUCGAUUUCACCGAAUAGGAACAGAGGUCGCAUUUUUUGUCUAGAUUUUUCAGCCCACAUUGUGAAGUUUUAACUGUUACUGUGUCUUCCUGAUUAACACACACACAGAGAUUUUGCCACGAUUGAACGCACGAAGAGAAGAAGAGAUGCGGCAGACAUGAAACGUGCCAUUGUGAGUGAGAUUAGGAGGCUUUCUCGAGCCUGUGACAUUUCUCAUAAAACGUGUUCGCCUGGAAGUUUUAUAUCACAAGUAGUUUUUAGUAUAUUUUUCAAACUUUACCACCUCGCUGAGUUAGCUAUGUUAUUACGACGGGGGCAGAGUGAGACCUUGUGCCUGUCAUUGUUAUUUUGUUUCUUUGCAUUGUUGUGUCCUUUUUUGAUGCCCUUUUUUUUUUAAGUCUGCUCUAGUUGUACACAAUAUAACAGCCUGUUUGUUUGAAAGCACAACGUUAGUCUGUUGUUCCCUGUUUUUGUUGCUAUGGGAGUCUGGACCAUUAAAAUGUUGCUUAUACUGCAGCUUAAAACCGUUAUGUGAUAAAUAAAACAGUGUAUUUUUAAGAAUCUGGCUCCUCCUGUUGGUCAUUUUUGGAAACUCGCCACUCAAACAUCUCAGCUGAUACAGUCGGAGAUGAGUACUGUGUUAUGAAACAUCUGGACACAGAGGCUUCUUCAGGUCCCUCUGCUGAUACAAGCAGCCCUCUACUUAGUUAUCUUGAACGUACAGUAUAAACUGGCUGGGUUGCUCAGCUGAUCACCGCUGAUCUUUUCCUUGUGCUGCCUCUGCAUGUGACUGAAUAAUGAAGUUAGCUGAGGGACACAAAUGCCUCAGUGUUAGUUCCAGAGAAAUGUUCUUUCUUUCUUAGUAACUUCUUUAUGAAUCAAGGCCACUGAUUGAGCAACUCUCAAACUGCUCAAAGAAAACUCUUCUUAAUACUACUGCCCUGAAAUGUAACAAUUUAACAUUGAGAGAACAAAUAAGUAGAAAACGUCUACUCCUUUUCAGCUUUCCCAUGACAGUUUCUCUACGUUGUUUACACACAUUUCUUAAAAUAAACCUCAAGUUACCAUUAAACACACUUAUCCCCAGACUAUACACCCAGCUCACUAAACCUCACAUUUCCCACCAAAAUUAAGCACUGGUAUCAAUUACAGUAAACAACUUUCAGAAUUGCAUGUAUCCUUUAAAAACAUCACUAAGCAGUGUAUGUGGGAACUUUUUGGUUGAAGUGCAUUCGAAGUUGGCACAAAGGGUGUAAUUUCCAUUUCUCCCAUCUACCCUUACACUAUGUUGGGUUGAUUUCCCUAAUGAAAUCUCUGAACACUUGUCUUACUGCCCAGCUGUUCUCUUUGAUUGUGUGUUGUAUAUUUUUCUAUGAUCAUUUUAACUUAUUUACUAUGUAAACAAACUGAAGGGAAGACCUACAAUUCUCAGGGCUGACAGAGUAGGUCUACGGCCAAUGUUGUUUUUUGGGUAUAUUCUAUCUAGUUAUAUUCUCGUACAUUUUUUUUUUUACAUCAAAGACAAAUUAGUAUUUUUGUUGAAGCUGCUGAUAUAACAGUUAUCUGUUAAACUAUUUUAAAGCAGCAUUAGGAACUGCCCCUGUGGACAAAUGUUGGUAGGGUUUCCACAGCCUCAUUUCAUUGAUUUCAAGGGGAAUCGGACCAAAUCCAACCUGUUGACAGGCAUUAAGAAUAGCUCUACAGAAAUAGCCAGUUAAAACUCCUUGUAGUAGCUUUAAGUACAGUUAGUGCAUUAAAAGCAUUUGGUUUCUAUGUAACUCUUCAUUGUGUCCACACUGAAACCAAAUCUAGCACAGUAGAUACACAUGGAUUUUACAAUGAAGACCCUCUGCAUAACUUUGCUAAGAAAUGUGCUGCGUUGCUUUGUGUUGGCAGCGUGAGUGCAAUGGACGAAAUGUGAUACACGAGGAAAUGUGUUUAGAGAACUGUGCUUGAAUGUAAAAGCUGUGUAAGGAAUACUGUACAACUGAAAUGUGAGACAUUGCGUCUUGGUCAUGUGGUUCAAAUAAAGUCUCUCCAAAAAAGAACAGACGAAAAAGGAGCCGAAAGAAUUGUAUAGAUCAUUUAUUCUUAAGGUAAACAUUUUAUUCAAAAAUAAAUUACCAGAGAUAUCUUUAAAAGGCAGACAGACAUUGUCUCCAAACCCACUCAUCACAACCAAAAGAUUUUCCUAUCAGAAUCCAAAUAUUCACACGUUUCUAUUAACCUCUGUCCUCAUGAGGAGACAACUAGUGUAAACCCUACAGCAGCAACUUAUCGCUCUUAAACAAACCACAGACUGUUAAGUUGAUCAAGAGAAGAAGAAAAAAAAACAGCCAUUGUCAACUGAUUCACUAUAAAAUGUAUACAAAGUUUAUUUAAAUAUUUAAUUCGACAUACAUGCCCGAUUUGUAAUAUGUGAACACAGAAAAAGAGAGACUGUACGGUACGAGACUGGCGCUUGAGGUGAGAAAUUAUGUGGAUGGAUUCAACGCGAAAGAGCUCAGACAGAUGUGAUGCAGCUGUUGAAGUAAAA